CUGCCUUGUCCUGGUCAGAAACACACAGAUAUAGACACACAUGUGGCCAGCAAUCUGGUGUCCUGGGGGCGUGCACGUGCGCAUGCACACGCACGCGCGCACUCACACAAGGGCAUUUUUGGAGUGAUGCUGUCUAGGGCUGUCAGACACAGGCACACACUUGUGGCCAUGAAAGAAGAGCCCCACGUGGUACCUACCCAUGGGACACAAGGGUGACAGCCACACUACCCAUCUCAGCUCCCCCAGGAAGAUCGAGAAUGGCCCCUGAGCCUUGCCAAGAGGCUGAAAAAGCUGAGAAACAGGCUGCCUUAUCCCUGGCGGACCAAGAGCCGGUCAGUGACCACCUGGAGCCUCCAGCUGGCACACCCAAAGACCCAGUGGCUCCUGCAUGCCUGAAGGACACCAAGCCCAGCUCCACGCCCGUGGUCUUCCCCGUCAACCUGCAGUUGGCCCCUGAGUCCUUGGACCCCCGCACCCUGCGGCUGCUGUGGGGUCAGCGGGAACUGGAGAUCCAGGCUCUGCGGUGGACCAUCCAGAACCGCCAGAAUGCCCGGCACUGCCACAUCCUGUACGAGGUGGCCGGACUGCCACCCGAGAGUUGCUCACACAGUCAGGAGAAGCUCCUGCAGAACCAGAUCCAGAAGCUGACUCUGGAGUUGAAAGGGCAGAAGGAACAGGCCCAACUGGAGAAGUCCCAGCUGGAGACUGAGCUGCAGGCGUUCCAGAGGUCCUGCCUCCUGCAGCUGGCCCGCUCCUCCUGGGUGGGUCGCGUGCUGCGAUCUUCCACCGGCAGUGUGGAGGUGGUAACUGCAGAAACUCUGAUGGACUCCAGUGACCUCUCUGAGAAUGACCAGGUCCCCUCUACUGGAGAGGGUUUCCGGCUGGAGGACGUAGACUGGAACAGCAUUGCCCAUCGGUAUCCCAACCUCCUCGCCAACAUCAAGUCCAACUCAGAUCAAAAGCACCCCCGGGCCUUGCCAUCCCCACCGGCCCCGGUGCCUGGCCAGUGGGGCUCGGAGCUGCAUAGAGAGCGUGUGGAACAGCAUCUCAAGAGUGUCGAGUGGUGUUCCCUGCCCUCUGUGGGCACCAGCAGCUCAGGGGGCACAGACUCCGACCCCGGCAGUGGCUGGCUGGCUGAGCCUCAUCGCGUGCAGAAGGUGACGGGACAGCCACCCUCCGCUGCAGGCCGCAGUUCUGAGUUGACAGAGCCACACCGGAGCAGCCUCGGCAGGGAAAUGCAGGCACUGCCUGAAGCCCCCAGGGCCAUCCCUCCUGCUGUGGAUCUGACCCCUGGAGCUGUUCCUCUCCCACGUGCGGCCUCAGGGUACUGCAGCCUGAAGAUCGUGGCCGUGAGCCGCAAGGAGAGGUUCGUGCGCGUCCUCAACCAGUCGCUGGAGGAGACCGCCGACCUGGGCGGCCUCACGCUGCGGCGGCUGCUGUACGGCUUCCCGGUGUGCAUGUACCGCUUCCCGCCCGGCACGCUGCUGGCUCCACGGCACCACGUUACGGUCUGGGGCGAGGGCCCCGGCGGCACCAAGAAGCGGCCGCCGUCGUCCUUGGGCCAAGAGCCUGUCCACUUCCAUUCCGGCCGGGGAUGCGUGACUCUCCUCCUGAACCCCAAGGGCGAGGUCAGGGUCCUGAGCGAGCACCGGGCCCCCCACUGCGUGACCCCGGUCUCGAGGAUCUUCGCUGACAACACCGACCUCUCCGUAGACCGCUUCCCGCUCUCAGAGGACGGGCUUGGGGCCGACCCCGGGGAGCAGAGUCGCGGGCCUCAACACUCGCGCGCGGGCAGGGUGCGGGAGGCCGGAGCCAGACGCCGGAGGCCCGGGACGCGGGGCCUCUUGCCGCGGCUGAGCACCAGCAAGCUCUUCCGCCCGCGGGAGGUGCCGGCGCGGCCCGAGGCCGCCGAGACCCGCACGCCCGAGCUCCUGCCCGCCUUGCCCGGUGAGCGCAGGGGGACGCGGAGGGCGGGCGGACCGGCGGGGAGUGGGAGUCCGGCCGACCCCAUCCCGUCGCUGUCCCUCGCAGAGGCCGGGCUGUGCCUGGAGCACUGCGGGGCUAGGAAGGAGCACAGGGUCCGGGUGAGCUCGCGCGCGUGCGGGCUGUGGCGGGAUACCCGAGCUCCCGCGGGGUCCCCCUCCCGGCCCCGCCCCUCCCCUCCCCUCCAGGCCCCGCCCCCGCGCCGCUCAGGCCCCGCCCCCCCCCAGGUGUGCAGGAGGAUCGUGGACCGGGGCUGCCCGAUGGUAGCGCUGUCAGUGCAGAGCACGGCUGAGAGCAGAUACGGCUUCCGCUUCCUCCCCUGCCCGCCGGUCACCGCGGACCCGGGCGCUCGGGUGUAGAAGGUGGAGGGCAGCGCGGGCGUGGGCGCCCAAGGCCGAUGGGCCGCGCUGGGAGAAAGUCGCGGGAGACCAGCAGUGCCAGCUGCACAAUUUAUUGAACCAACGUCGCCUACGAAGUAAACCGCAUUCGUGUGCA